AAUUCCAUAUCGGCAUUUAACGUUACCUGCAACAAAUCAAAAUGGCGUACGUUGGUAAAACUUACAAAUUCCAAAAAGAUGAGAACUUCCGUGAAUUCCUGUCUUAUGUCGGUGUCCCAGCAGACAAAGCGGAAUUCUUGCUGACGUCCAAACCAUCACAGAAACUUGAAAAGGAUGGAGACAACUACACCUUGACUACCAUUGACGCUGCAACCAAGGAAAUUAAGUUCAAGGAAGGCGUUGAAUUUGAAGAAAAUGUCGCUCCUGAAAUCGUAGCAAAGACAACGUUCACAGUUUCUGGUAAUGUUGUGACCCAAGUACAGAAAUUCCAAGACGGUCGCAGUAUCACCCUUAAAAGAGAAUACAGUGGCGACCAGCUUGUCGUGGACAUCACAGUAACUGGCUGGGAUAACGUUGCCCGCAGAUAUUACUCUGCCGUAUAAAUGUAGUUUCGCCGAAUUAUAGUUGUAAUUAAGUUUUUUAAAUAUUUAUUAAA